AUGUCAUAUACAAACAUGGAAGUUCUUUCUCUCUCUGUCACACUCACCAAAUCUCAAACCUUUCCCUCUCUCAAACAACCAAUUCACCAACUUCCAAUAACCACAACACUACCCAACAAAACCAAUCUUUCUUCUUCAUCAUCUUCUUCUUAUUCUUCUUCUUCUAUUUCAUGUAACUCCUCUUUUACCAGAAUCUCAGCAACGAAUGCACAACCAUCAAUUUCACAAACCGAUAUGUUAUUUCCUGCAGGAAAUUCAAAGCAUUGGAUUGUUAGAAUGGAUAAGCCUGGUGUUGGUGUUGUUACCAAAGCUCAGAUUGUUGAUUAUUAUGCUCAAAUUUUGACCAAGGUUAAGGGAAAUGAAAAAGAUGCACAAAUGUGUUUGUAUCAUUUAGCUGGUGUGCCUGGUGUCUUGUCGGUUCAGCCAGACCAUAAUUUUGAGUCUGAAAAUAAGAAUUAUGAAGGAUUGUUUGUUUUGUAA